AUGGCGCCGCCAGUGGACUUACCUUAUUCCUCCUCCGAGGUUGAAGUCCUCAACACCCCCAACGACAUCCUGAGAUCGGAGAGCUCAAACCUAUUCUCACUGAGGGAAGAUCUGCAAGCCCCAGCUACUAAGGGGGAUAUUCAAGCCCUGAUGAACAAUAUCCGAGCUUUCUUUAAUGCAGACCUAGACAUCAUCAUGGAAGAUGUAUCUGCAGUCACAGUCAGAGUGUGA